GAACCCAGAGGGCCCGCACUGUCCGUCUCGCUCGUCCUCGCUGUGGUGUCCCGUGUCCUCCGGCGGCUCCUCCCGACCAUGCCCGAGCCCGCCAAGUCGGCGCCCGCCCCGAAGAAGGGCUCCAAGAAGGCGGUGACCAAGGCGCAGAAGAAGGACGGCAAGAAGCGCAAGCGCAGCCGCAAGGAGAGCUACUCGGUGUACGUGUACAAGGUGCUGAAGCAGGUGCACCCCGACACCGGCAUCUCGUCCAAGGCCAUGGGCAUCAUGAACUCGUUCGUCAACGACAUCUUCGAGCGCAUCGCGGGCGAGGCGUCGCGCCUGGCGCAUUACAACAAGCGCUCGACCAUCACGUCGCGGGAGAUCCAGACGGCCGUACGCCUGCUGCUGCCCGGGGAGCUGGCCAAGCACGCCGUGUCCGAGGGCACCAAGGCCGUCACCAAGUACACCAGCUCCAAGUGAGUCCAUCUGCUAGCACCUCUUAACUCAAAAGGCUCUUUUCAGAGCCACUCACUUUGUCUCAAAGACCUGUAAGUCACCAUACUUGGAGAAAGUGUAGGGGUCCCCAGAGUAAUAAGUGAACGCGCACGUGUUUCAUCCCCGUGUAGUUUGUACAGCUCAGCAAGGACUAAGUCCGCAGCAGGAUCAUCUUAUUUGGCUUCUCGGAACUAGUAAAGAAAGGGCAGCCUGGGUCCUGGUUUGACCUUAUCUAGAACUGUGUGGAGCCUUUGAAAAUGGCUCGUUUUCGGUUUCAUUUUCUCAUGAAAGCCACGAACAUCCACGCAGGGUUCCUAAUAUUUUCUUGGGUUGUUGCUCUUGGCUAAAUACUAUCUCUUCAAGGUCAGGAACUCUGUUUCAGCCAGUCAUUUCUGAUAAGGCUUUAUAUCCAAGGGUGUAAAACACCAGGCAGCAGGGUAGCCUGAGGCCCGAGGGAGCUGGAGAGUCUCCAUUGUUAUGUAAAUUUUCCCAGGACCCGCGAUUCCCCCCAGGUUGUAGUGAUGAUGGCUCUGCCCACUCUUCAGAUCUCUCCCUCUUAAUCCCCCAGGGCUCCCUGAGUCCCCCACGAUGACCUUACCCAUAGUUCUUCAUUUUCUGGGGCUUUUGGUGAGAAGAAUGUGAUAUCUGUGCUCCUUCGCCUGUCAUUGGUUUGAUGCCACUUUCACCUGUGAGGGACUCUUGCUUACAGCUGAACGACGGGGGUGAAGGCUGAGUGGCCCCUUCCGCACAUAAAUAAAUGCAACAUCUGGAUCCCCAUCCGUCUCGUUCUAAGGACUGUUCCCGCAGUCCUCACUAGCCUUCUGUUUUUUCAAGGAAGAGGCUAGUUGCAAUGUUAAGGAUGGAAAACAGGCGCAAAGGGGAAAAUGGAACGUUAGAAUAAGAGAAGAGUAAAACUGGCCAGAGAUACACGUGUUCUUCGAAGCUCAGCAAAGUCCUUAUACCAGGCGGAGGCCCUGAAAUUCUCUCUCUGUCGCCAUGUACACGGAGAGAGACGCACAGGUUCGUGGUGAGGUCUGGAGUGUCAGGAUCCCCUGCAGCACGUUUAUCUUCUCUGAGCCGUGCGGCAUGAGGCUUAGACGACCCGGGCUUAGACGACCUGCGGCUCGUCUUUCCUCUGCAAGUGCCUAUGUAGCAGAUUCUCGUGAAGGCGGAACGGGGGGCUCCAUUCUGCAAGGGUGUGCGAAGGCGUUUUCCCGAAGCCCACACGCGACCGAGCAUGUGAUUAUGUCUUGCUCUCCAACACGGAUGUCAUAUACAUUUUUUAAACAAUGUAUUCAUAAAAGGAAACAAAAGCAUGGUUGAAGGGGGCAUUCCUCCGGGGCAGGACACAGGCUGAGGCUGGGCGAGUAACUCAGACACUGUGUGAGCACUCCCUUACCUCUGCCGACGGAGUAACAGCCAGUAAGGAGCACAUGGCUACUGGGGUGGACAAUAAAAUAACGCAGAUGACGAAAGCACUUAGGGUGGUGUCUGCAUGCAGAAAGUCCUCCGAAGUAUUAGCUGUGCCAAAGGCUAAGGUUGAAGUGUCAGGGAAGGUGUCCUUGGGCCCGCCCAUGGUGGCAUCUGAGUCCUGAGGCCUUCGCCAAGGCAGAGGGCCAAAAAGCCUACUAACAACUGGCACCAAUCGAAGUUCCCUCUCUGGUAUGAACGACAAGGCCAAGCCCUCCAAUGGCCCAGAACACUCGCUAGGGCUAUCUAUCCCCCUGAACUGUGUCAAGGACAUGCCAGUGUCUGGGAGACUCCCCUGCCCUGGGAACCGCUCAUGCUGCACUAGGACCGGGGCAUGUCACUUACCAGUCAGGUGUGCCGGGCUGUGGAGGAGGGACUCUGGGAAAAGCCCGUCCCCGGAGGCUGCAGUGACCCUUAUUCCUGCUGCCUCUGCCUGACCUCACUGUAGAGUCCGGCCAAAAUGAAGAGUCAGCUUCAGAAAAGCAGCCACACUUAUAAAGCUCCAAGGAAAUCAAGAAAUUACCAUCCACAAUCCUCCCCCAAGUGGAAAAGCCGAAGCUGCCCGAAGGACUGCACGGCUGCCGGCCACUCAGAAGGCUGCUGUCAACCUUAUUUCGUAAGAGAACUACCCUCGUAUCACUUCAAAGGGACUAGGGAUUAACUCGAAAUAAAUUUAUACCAAACUUUUAAUAUUAA